AUGAGAAGCAGCUUAGCUAAAAUCCCUUACCGCGCCACCACCACUGCUACCUCCUUGUCCGCCGCAUUCUCCACCUCAUCCUCCAACGGUGGCGGAGGGAGAGGAAGAGGCCACGCCUCGCCGUUUCAGUUCACUGUCGGCAGCAAACCCGAGGAUCUCAAUCGCGUCAAUCCAUCUCCUUCUCCGCCUCCGCCGCCGCCGCAAGGCCACGGCCGCGGCAGAGGUCAGCCCUUCCCGUCCUCCCCCGUCCUCCCCCCACUCUCUUCCCUCCUUAACAACGACUCCAGAGCUCCCCCACCCCUCGGCCGCGGCCGCGGUUUCAUCCCCUCAAACCCCACCCAACCGCCGCCUCAGCCGCCUCGAGAAUCGCUAUCCCCGUCGAAUCCACCACGACCUAAUGCCAGAAACCCUCUCUUGUUCGUACAAGAUGAAAAGGGAAAACCCGAUCUUUCCGAAUCUGGAGCCCAGCCCACGCCCCAGAACACACUACCGAGAGACGCGAUGAAUAUCCUGUCCGGCGCCGGCCGUGGAAAACCCCUUUCUCCGCCGGCAGACCUGCCGGAAAAGCCUGAAAUUGAGAACCGGCACGUCCGGUACCGUCCAGGGCCCAAAUCACGUGCGGUCGCAUCUGACAAGAGCUUUCCAGGUGAGAAAUUGAGCCAGGAGGAGAAGGUGAAAAGAGCAAAGGAGAUCUUAUCGAGGGGUGAAACUGGGGAAUCCAGGAGAGUUGGCAGAGGUGAACGUGAUGGCACUGGAAGAGGGAGAGGGAGAGAUAGAGGGAGAGGUAGGUAUAGUGACGAGAGAGAAAGUGAUGAAGAUAGGUUCGACGAAGCUGAUGAUGGGUCUACCGGGCAGUAUUUUGGUGAUCCUGAGGAUGAGAAAAAGUUGAUUCAGAAGUUUGGGCCGGAGAUUAUGAAUGAAAUAGCAGAUGGACUCGACGAGAUGUCGUGCAGGGUUUUGCCAUCACCGGAGGACGAUGAUCUCGUCGAUGCUUAUCACACUAACAUGCUGAUUGAAUGUGAACCAGAGUAUUUAAUGGAAGAAUUCGGUACAAACCCUGAUAUCGACGAGAAGCCUCCGAUUCCACUACGUGAUGCGCUUGAGAAGAUGAAGCCGUUCCUCAUGGCAUAUGAAGGGAUUCAAAGUCAAGAAGAGUGGGAGGAAAUAAUUGAAGCAACAAUGAAGACAGUCCCUCUUAUGAAAAAGAUUGUAGAUUAUUACAGUGGCCCAGAUAGAGUAACUGCAAAACAACAACAAGAGGAACUAGAAAGCGUGGCCAAAACUCUCCCAGCUAGUGCUCCUGCUUCGGUGAAGCGUUUUACUGAUCGUGCCGUUCUCUCUCUGCAGAGCAACCCGGGUUGGGGUUUUGACAAGAAAUGCCAAUUCAUGGAUAAGCUAGUAAUGGAGGUUUCCCAGCAAUACAAGUAA